AAUAGCGCAUGAUUCUUGAUUUGUUUUUUUUUCGACUGAAUAGCAAUAGUGAAUUUAUUUUGUGGGAUUCCUAUUAGGCUACAACCAGAACGUAUUUUCAUCAUGAAUAAAAUGCCUUAUAAAUUGCGAUGUUCCAUGCCAGGACAUUCGAAGGACGUUCGGAGUGUUACUGUUGGAGAUUUAAUGGAAGAAUGCAUCGUAUCUGGUUCCAGGGACAAGACUGCAAAAUUAUGGUUGCCGGAAGGUUUGGGAUUUGUCUGUGAUCAAACAUACAUUGGAAGUGAAGGUUAUGUCUCUGCUGUUGCUGUUGGUGGAUGCUCAGAUAAUUUCCCCAGUGGAUCUGUCAUAACUGGAUGUCAAGAUGGGAAAAUUAGAGUUUAUAAUCCAGGUGCAGUCAAUCCAACAUCCACCUUGACAGGGCAUACAGACACUGUUUGUGCUCUGGUUACUCGCCCUGGAUUCUUAUUAAGUGGUUCAUGGGAUAAAACUGCAAGGCUUUGGCAAUCAGAUGGUUCUCCAGUUGUAACUCUUUCUGGACAUUCUGCAGCUGUCUGGGCUGUAGAAUUUUUGCAGUGCAGUAGUUCUGCAUCUGAAUCUAUACUAUUGACAGCAUCUGCAGAUAAAACCAUUAAAAUGUGGAAAGGUGAUUCACCAUUUCAGAGUUUUAAGGGGCACACUGACUGUGUCAGAGCACUUGCUGUCUGUGAUUCCACUCGGUUCUUGUCUGCUGCAAAUGAUGCAACUGUCAGAUUGUGGGUCACAAGUGGAGAUUGUAUUUCUACUUUCUAUGGACACACAAAUUACAUUUAUGGAUUGUCGAUGAUGGCUGAUCGCAAUACUUUCGUCAGCUGUGGUGAAGAUCGUUCUCUGCGCAUAUGGAAAUUAGAUGUGAGUGAUGAGUGUCAACAAACAGUCUUCCUUCCUGCGCAGAGUAUUUGGUCAGUCAGCGUUAUGAAAAACGGCGAUAUUGUCACAGGGAGCAGUGAUGGAUUAGUUCGAGUAUUCACACAGAGCUCAGAACGAACAGCUAACCCAGAAGUGUUACAAGCUUUUGAGGAAGAACUGGCUGCCACGUCUUUAAAUGCACAGUUGGAACUGGGGGGUAUCAAAGCUUCAGACUUGCCUGGUCCAGAGAGUCUUUUUGAACCUGGUACUAGAGAAGGUCAAACAAAAAUGGUUCGUCACGGAGAAACUGUUUCCUGUUAUAGCUGGUCGUCAAGUGAUGGUCAAUGGACAAAAGUGGGUGACGUAGUCGGUGCUGCUGGUCAAUCAGAUUCAACCAAGAAUCUCUAUGAAGGGAAAGAAUACGAUUAUGUUUUUAGUGUCGAUAUUGAUGAAGGCAAACCGCCAUUGAAGCUUCCUUAUAACACCUCCGAAGAUCCUUGGUUAGCCGCUCAAAAGUUCAUACACAAGAAUGAUCUCAGCCAGUAUUAUCUGGAUACAGUGGCAAACUUCAUCAUUACCAAUAGUAAGAGCGGAACUAGCAGUGGUGCAUCAGAGAAAUCAAGCGAAACAUAUGUGGACCCCUUUACUGGUGGUUCACGUUAUGUUCCAUCUUCUGGGAAUGCUCUGUCGAAUUCAGCAAUGUCUCAGGGAGAAGAUCCAUUUACUGGUUCUGGUCGGUAUAUCCCACCCGGUCAACCAAAGAAACCGGAACCUGCUUUGUUCCCAGUCAAAGAAUUCCUGCGCUUCGAUCAAGCGAAUAUUGAAGCUAUUUCAACCAAACUAAAAGAGUUUAAUGGCAAAGUCGAUCCGAAACUGCAGCUGGCUGAUUCCGAUUUAUUGGCAUUUAUACGAUCCGCUGAUCCCAGUUCUACUGUUGAAGGAAUUCCUCAUUUAGAAACAUUUCUUCGUUGGCCAUCUGAUAAGAUGUUUCCUGCUUUGGACAUUUUACGACUAGCAUCCCGCCAUUCUCGGGUAGAUCGAAUGUUAAUUGAAAAGGAAGGAUUGCUUGAUGUAAUGCUGGCUAUUUCUCGCUCGACCGUCCCGAACUGCAUGAUGAUUUUGAGGACAAUUGCUCAUUUACUCAUCCAUAAUUCUUCACAGCAAAUACUAAUGGAUUAUCGCGAAACAAUAUUUGCAGCAAUCUUAGCGGUAGUAACGGAAAGUGACCCCUCAUUUUUAAAACACUCCCAAUGGAAACACGUUGAAAUAUCUGUUUCGACCGUUAUUCUUAACUAUGCCGUCCUUAUCCAUCUAAAACCUUCAUUCGCUACAGUAGAGGCUAAAGCAAGUCUGAUGAGCGCAAUUGGCGAAAUUCUAUCAAAACUUCAGGAGGAAGAGGCAUUGUUUAGGACUUUAGUGGCAGUUGGGACUCUUUUGUCAAAUGCUGAUGACUCAGUUGCCAUUGCACAUUCUUUAGAACUUAAAUCUAAAAUUGACUACUUCCAGAAUAUUUCUGGUAAAGUGGGUGAAUGUUCUAAACAAGUUUUAAUCCUUUUGAAAUAAUUUUGUAAUGCAUAUGUGAAUCCUGUAUUAACAAAGUGAAAACAUGAAAAUGAAUACAGUUGGAAAUUUUUCCUGAA